AUGCCACCACAACUCGACCUCUCCGACCCUCGCCUGUUGGUCAUUCCCCCGCGAAUGAACCUUCGUCGGGCCGCCUCUUACAACCUCCUCGCCCAGGGCCAGGAUUCUGCUUCUUCGUCGUCUAGUCAGCUACCUCUGAGCAGUCUUCUCUGGUCUCCGCCGCCCUCGCCCAGCCUGCCAUCCCUCGUUCCUCGACGCAAACGAGCCUCUUCAAAUCCGUUUUCCCGACGUCCCAGUCGAAUCGUUCGCUUUCUCUUCUAUCUAUGCGCACUAUCAAGUCUGGCAUACUUGCUUGUGCGCUUGUUCGGCCGCAAUGUCAGCUCACUCUCCCUUCUCGAGGACGAGUACAACAUGGUCGCCCAGGACGACCUGCCCGACUUUCCUACACCCAUUGUCAUCGACGACAACCGGGGCCGCUCAAAAUGGACCGUCUCUAUUCCCAGAAACUACCGCUUCCCCCUUUCCAUGGAGACCUAUUCGGAAAUGAUGGGACACUGUCGCGAGGCUGCCAUUCGUCAAACCUCCGAGUCUGCCUCUCCCAGCCAAGCAACGUUGAAAAAACAUGGCUUCAAUCGCUUUAUUGAUGUUGCCGAGGCGGAAAAGACCCAUUUGCUCCCUUCGUCUGAUAUUUUGCCUUCUAAGCGCUCGCGGAGUGGCAACUUCGUCGGCCUGGGCGGAGAUGUUGACCAUCUCCCUGUCUGCCAGAGCUCCAUGACGUACGUUCUCGAAAGCACAAACGCUGGAAUCGGCCACGCUCUCAUGUCCAUGUGGACAUCAUAUGGCAUUGCCAAGGAACUUGGAAAAGCCUUCUUUAUCGACGACUCCCGCUGGGCUUAUGGCUCAUAUACUGACAUUUUCCAACCGCCUCCCGUGCCCAAGUGCCAGCCACCUCUACGACAUCACAUUUUGCCUUGCCCAGCCGAAGCCAGACACCUGGUUGUCUCCAACACAAAUGCCCAUGAAGUUCUACCUGCAUUGGUGGCUACCAUUGAGUCCAAUGACAAGAUCACCGAAACUCAGCGGCUUUUCAACCUGGCUCGGGCAGGCUAUUUGGCCAUGUUUAAGCUGAACACAGGCGACGGGACUUAUACCGACAAGCGUAUUCACGAAAUCUUGACCAAGGCUCAGACUAGUGCCACAUCAUCUGGCAAUGCCCCUGUCAUUGGCUUGCACAUUCGUCAUGGUGACAGACACCCCAUCGAGUUCCAGUACAAAGAUACCUAUAUUCCCGCCGAGGUCUAUUUGAGCAAGGUGCGCAGCCUCAUUGAACAGCACUACAACCAGACUGCCGACACUGACAACAACGGUGCCCAUGACUCUAUCACCAUGCUUGCGUCUGAUGACCCCAACACGUAUCAGGAGGAUCAACUGUCCGGCCUUUUACCUGCACAGGAUCGAAUUCAGCUGGCUUCCAAGGAUAAUAUCGAGGACGCGAAUAACGAUCCCCGUGUGCUACAUCAUUUUGUCGAAGACACUUUCGGCUGGGAAGGUGGCUUCUUUGCUCCCAUCUUCUGGCACUUGGGCUCCGAGGCCAAGGACAAUUCCGCCAACGCACCGGCCGCGACUCCCUACCUGUCGGAAUACCGAGCCGUCUCCAGGCUGCGCCCGUCUCAGCAGACGCUCAAACUCCGCAGCCUUCUCGGGCGCGCCUACAUGAUGGACCUUGCCGUGCUAUCCGGCGCUAGUGACAAGGUUGUCUGCGCUGUAAGUGCUAUGGGAUGUAGAAUUCUUGGUCUCAUGAUGGGUUGGGACGGUAUCCAGGCUGGCACGUGGAUCAAUGUGGACGGCGACUACGGCUGGCGAGGCCUUGACCUCUAA